GCUGUCCCGCUCCUCGCUGCAGAAGCUGUGACAGCACAUAUUUCGCGAACAGCUGGAAGGAAAGGCAGUCCUGCAACACCUGAGCGGGCUUAACGAUACGACGUCGUGCGUACUGGAGACGCGCCGAUAGCUGCUCCAUCCUGGGGGAUCCCGAAAUGAUGCCCCGUGUGCCGGGCGGCGGCCGGACAGCAUACACUGGCACAUUUCUGUCGGCAUGCCUGAUCUCUGCAUGUCAAGCCGCCCAGAGCUGUGGGGAGGUCCAGUGCGGCGUCAACCAGCACUGCUGUCCGCCCACCGUCACAGGGAACACCAGUGCCAGCUCGAAGGUGAGCUGCUGCCAGCUCUCCAUCCACGCAUUUUUCGACAACGUCGGCUGGUUCACGCGGAAGCUGUCCGGCAUCCUGAUCCUGUUGCUGCUCUUUGCCAUGGGCUACUUCAUCCAGCGGAUCAUCUGCCCUCGGCCCCGGCGGCACCCGCACCACGACCGCGGCGAGGAGCCGUCCCUCUUUCACGGACACACAUCAGCGUCCCAGGAUUCCCUGCUGGAGCGGUACCCCGAAUACAACCUCGGGGGCUUUGCCUCUCCAAACCUGCCGGCCUAUGACGAAGUUAAGUAUUUGCCCACCUAUGAGGAAAGCAUGCAAGACAUGCACAGAGACCGGUCCGGUGAGAACUUGUUGUCCGAAAACGAGAGUGGCGGCCAGGGCAGAGGGAGAGCAACAGGACCGAGAUCCGGAGACCAGAGGCUGGCUGCCCUGGAGGUCUCAGGACCUCAGAGCCCAAGGACAUCCAACUCUGUUUGACGGAGAAUGGGCAAGACUACAGAAACAUUGUUAUUCUUAUUUUAAUAUAGUCAGGGUAAAAAAAAUCUUGCAGAGAUACAACGAACAAGUGCAAUUAUACUCCUGAAUGUAAAGAAUAAAAGAGAAG